AUGAGUCAGGCGGAAAUAAGAAGAGUGCUUAAGUUUUGGUUCGGCGAACCGGGUUCUGUGGAAUAUCUAAAGCCCAAAUCAUUUUGGUAUGGAUCCAAGGAAGACGAUAACCUCGUUAGACAAAAGCUUGGAAAAGACUACGAUCUUGCAGAAGCAGGUAAAUUGGAGACUUGGCGCCAGAGUGCGGAGGGGUCUAUCGCCCUUAUAUUGCUACUUGAUCAAGUCCCUAGGAAUAUAUUCCGAGAUACCCCUCGAGCCUAUGCCACUGACGAUAGAGCAUUGGAGAUUGCAGAAGAUGUGGUUCAAAGAGGCUGGGACAAAGAACAACCACCAACAGUAAGAAGAUACAUCUAUUCACCGUUCAAUCACUCAGAGAAUUUGGAUAUUCAGAAGAGAUCCCUUGAAUUAUUUACUGAACUUGGUGAUCCCACUCAUUUAUACUGGGCAACGGACUUCUACAAUACGAUUAAAAAAUACGGCCGUUUCCCACAUCGUGAUGCCAUCCUAGGACGUAAGUAA